AAUGGUUGAUCAUACCAUAAGAAAUGGAAUUAAUAAAGCCAAUUGACGUCACCGAGAGGCCGGCAGCGUUCUGUAGGCGGGCGGGCGCUCCCAGAAGGCGCGCGGGAACUACGGUUCCCGGCGUCCCUGGCGGCGGGAGGGCUCGGCUACAGGGGCCGGGGAGGAAUGCGUCCGGGCGGGUGGCUCUACUCCGGUGCACCAUGGGUGGACCCCUACUGGCACGGGCGCGUGACUUCGUGGGGCCAGCCCUGCUAUGGGGAAAGAAGGCUGCGGGCCACUGCACCCGGACCUGCAGCUCCACCCCCACCCCCGAUGGCCAAGAGGGUCCGGCGCGCCAGCGCUCCUACUGGAGCUAUGUGCGGCGUCUGGUGCAGGGAGCGCCCGAGCCGCCGUACCUGCACGUGUGCCAGGUCGGGGACCCGGCGCUGCGGGCCGUCGCGGCCCCGGUAGAGCCGGCGCAGCUGGCGGGGCCCGAGCUGCAGCAGUUGGUGCAGCGGCUGGUGCAGGUGAUGCGGCGCCGGCGCUGCGUAGGCCUGAGCGCACCGCAGCUCGGGGUGCCGCUGCAGGUGCUAGCCCUGGAGUUCCCCGAGGCCCUCUUCCGCGCCUGCGCGCCGCGUUUUCGCGAAGUCCGCCAAAUGGAGCCCUUCCCCCUGCGCGUGUUCGUGAACCCUAGCCUACGGGUGCUGGACAGCCGCCUGGUCACCUUCCCCGAGGGCUGCGAGAGCGUCGCGGGCUUCCUAGCCUGCGUGCCCCGCUUCCAGGCCGUGCAGAUCUCAGGGCUGGACCCUGGAGGCAAGCAGGUGAUGUGGCAGGCAAGUGGAUGGGCAGCACGCAUCAUCCAGCAUGAAAUGGACCACUUGCAGGGUUGCCUGUUCAUUGACAAAAUGGAUAGCAAGACAUUUACAAACAUCCACUGGAUGGAGGUGAAUGACUAAAGCUUUCUUGCUGCAUCUGAGGAUUCUGAAAACCAGGACACGAACACUUCAGCUUUGAGGUGGGCAUGUCUUAACCUGGCAUUGACUUGGUAUUGGCUCAACUGACAGAAAACAGUGGACUGCCAAAGCAUGCCUAACUGAGUUGGAGGAAGAUGUUAAAAACGACUGCCCUGAAAUGAGCUAUGACAUACCACCUUCAUCUUAAAAGUAACUCCUCUAAAGGAGUGGACAUUUUCUGGCAAUUUUAUGUGGAGAUGAGUAGAUAAAUACACCACUCUCAGUAGAUACAACUUCA